CGCAACCGCGCCGCGGAUUCGAAACCCAGUCACCUAGUCGUAUACGCACUUUGUUCGUGGGCAGUCGUCGCCCUGCCGAUCCGCUGAGCCGCCGCCGUCGCAGAACCGCUCCGUCGUUGUAGCGCCGCUAACCGAUCACGAUCACGAUCCCGAUUCCGAUCCGAAGACCGACUUUGAUUUGCUUCGAUUCCGUUCUCGAUCCGAGCUGAACGCUGGGAUACUCCGUCGGGAGGCGCGCUUGUGAUUUGCGUUGAGUUUGGUUUUGGUUUCGAGUUGGAUUCAAGAAUCGCACAAGAGUCGAAAGGCAAAAUAUGCACAGCCAAGUGAGAAAAGAAAGCUGCUGAGAAAGCCACUGAAAGAAGUGCUAAGAAAGUGCCGAGAAUAAGUGUCGGAAAAGUGCCUCGCCAGCCAAAAAGCUGAAAGGAUUUACGCGCUCAGAACGCCCCAGAACAGUUCCACGAGUCUGUCCAAAGUUUUUCAAAACACUGUUCAUGUGCAGUCAAAACUGAAAUCAGAGAACACCCACACCACACACGCGUUCAUCCGCCUGCGUCCGCCCAAGUCCAGGAUCUAGACUCCACAUCCACGUCCACGUCCACGUCCAGGCCGCCAAGAGUUGUGUUUCCGCGCUUGCAGUCCCCGCGAGAAAAAGCCGCCAACAUUCUCGAUAAAGUGGCCUCGAUAGGCGCCAACACGCUCAAUUUCACGGAUCUAGGGAGCCCCUACGAGGGGCCUCCCAGCACCCCCCAGUCGGGCAUGGACGCCCCCGACGCCCCCCACACGCCCAAGUACAUGGACGGCGGGAAUACGGCGGCCAGUGUAACGCCCGGCGUCAACAUUCCCGGAAAGUCCGCCUUCGUCGAGCUGCAGCAGCACGCCGCCGCCGGGUACGGCGGCAUUCGGAGCACCUAUCAGCAUUUCGGGCCGCAGGGCGGCCAGGACUCCGGCUUCCCGAGUCCGCGCAGCGCCCUCGGCUACCCGUUCACGCCCAUGCACCAGAACUCCUACUCCGGCUAUCACCUCGGCAGCUACGCCCCGCCCUGCGCCAGUCCGCCCAAGGAUGACUUUUCAAUCUCGGACAAAUGCGAGGACUCCGGCCUCCGCGUCAACGGCAAGGGCAAGAAGAUGCGCAAGCCCCGCACCAUCUACAGCUCGCUGCAGCUCCAGCAGCUGAACCGCCGCUUCCAGCGCACCCAAUACCUGGCCCUGCCCGAGCGGGCGGAGCUGGCGGCGAGUCUGGGCCUCACGCAGACGCAGGUGAAAAUCUGGUUCCAGAACCGACGCUCCAAGUACAAAAAGAUGAUGAAGGCGGCCCAGGGACCGGGCACCAACAGCGGCAUGCCCCUCGGCGGAGGAGGGCCCAAUCCCGGCCAGCACAGUCCCAAUCAAAUGCACAGUGGCGGUAAUAACGGCGGUGGCUCCAACAGCGGCUCACCCUCACAUUAUCUACCUCCCGGACAUAGUCCAACGCCAUCGAGUACUCCUGUGUCCGAGCUUUCGCCUGAAUUCCCACCAACGGGUCUCAGUCCGCCCACGCAAGCGCCGUGGGACCAGAAGCCGCACUGGAUCGACCACAAGCCACCGCCCCAGAUGACGCCCCAGCCACCGCAUCCGGCGGCAGCGGCGCUACAUCCGCAGUCGCACCACCACAACCCGCCGCCCCAGAUGGGUGGCUACGUGCCCCAGUACUGGUACCAGCCCGAGACGAAUCCCUCAUUAGUGACGGUGUGGCCGGCGGUCUAACAGCAUCCGAAUCAGCUGCCCUCGGCUGCCUGGAGCCUAGAGCACCUGGAGCACCUGGAGCAGCAGCAUCCCCUCCAGCAGCCCCCCUGCCCGGACCUGGGGCUGGACCACCAGCAGCAGUACCUGCUCCAGGGGGGCGGCGGGCCAGUACAUCCGCACGCGAUAUCUUAGCCAAUACGAACCAUGAUAGCAACUGUAAAAUACACAUGAAAAAACCUAUUGACAUACAAGGCUGGCAAAGAGCUGGCAAGUGGCAAGUCGAGUGGCAAGCAAACAUUUUGUACAUUUUAAAAUUGAUCUACAUUUACACAACGUGAAUAAAGUCGUUCUAAAAUAGAGUCUAGCUAAGAACAAACCCAACACAAACACGAGGAGACCAUUCUUGAGCCGGAAUACAUUCCUCCACCACAAGAGCAGCAAUGAGAGUAUGAAACGUGUCCUUUAAUUCGGUUAAUUUAGCGAAAUAACUAUGUAUAAUAUAUCUAUAUUAAAUACCUAUGUGUAGUGAGCAAACCACAAAUAUGAAAUACGUAAAAUACAAAACAUAAAUAAAUACAAAUAAAUCGAAAAUCAGCUGUUGAUCUUAAAAGAGUUUCUUUUCCAAUGCUCUUUAAACCUUGAAUGUUUCAAAGGAGCAACAAAAUCAGUAAAAUCAGAUCUCAAAUGCAAAAGAAUAAUCCUCUAGAGUUUGAUAUUUUUUUUCUCGUUUUUAACGCCCAAUUAUUUGAUUAAAAGCACCUUAAAUUCGCUCUCUUAUGUGCAAUAUGUAAUUUUAUUUCACGAGUUUUCCGCAUUUGUCUUGAAAUCAAGCUCCUAGGAAGACAGGGUCCUGGGAGGAAUUGUACAUUUUUGUAUAGAAAACACUAGAGCUAAACAUCUAAGAUCAUGCAUAGAGUCCUUCCUCGCUUCAGAAUCCCUGUUCAGAAUCCAAUCACACUGAAAUCCAAUGUCGAAGUCGCACUCGGCGCUCUGAGCUUGCUUUAGCUGUAAUUAUGGUUUAAAACAUACUCUAGUUUAAGCGGUAAUUAGUGCGUGUGUUUCACUCUAGUUUAAUUUACAACAACACCAAUACAAGCAGCAACAACAACAAGAGAAACAGCAGCAAAACCAUAACAACAACCUAAAAUAAUAAUAAAUUAAUUGAUAGUUUAACAACUACUCUGCGUGUGCGUGUGUGAAUGCCUGUCUGUGGAGCUGUAAGUGUGUGUACAUUGAUAAAGAAGAAUUAAUUAAAAUUAAAACAAACAAAUAAAUAAAAAGUAACAUUCAAAGAACACAAAUCUAUAUAGAACCCGAGCGUAAGAACAAGAACCUUAUGUGCUAGCAUUUAAUUAAUUAGUUUUAAUCUAGAAAAUGGCAAACACAAAUCACAGAAGAAGCCUAGCGAUCCCUCCCGAUGUCCUUCCCCUCCCCACCCCUCCUAUUUGAUUUCUAGUAAUAUAUGUAAUUUUCAAAUCAAAUCAAAUCAAACAAAGAAAAAAGCCAGAAAACUCAAUAAAAAGUAAAGAAAUUAAAAGUCAAAAA